GUUUUCAUGGUUCAUCGAUUGUGGAGUUGUAACUCCCAACAAUCAAAAUUGUCGGUUGUGUUGUCUAUAGACAGAGCCCCUUUUUCUUAACCAUUAAAUCCAUUUGAUUAAUCUUGCCUACUCCGCCAUUUUCUUCCAAGCAUUACUAUAAAUUAACAAACUUUAUUUUCAGCUGAUUUAAACAUCUUUGUUCAAAUCACAAGUUACUUAUCUUCAUGCAAAAAACCUCCUUUUAGAUUAGAUUAGAUCUCCACACCUUUCUCUAAAAAAAUCUCUUGUUUCACAAUGCUGCUUUUCCUGGUUUAUUUCCUAUCUUUCCUACUGCUUUUUUCUCAGUCAUUUCUGAAGCCAAAACCAACUCCCAAAAUGGGAUCAAGAUUGUGGAGAUUCCCCUUGUUUUUUAGGGAGAUUCUUUGUCUGUUGGCCAAGAAAAGAAAGGAUCUCAGUCAAACUCCAUCAUCCAACAAAAUUGUGAGCACUAAAUUUGAGAGAAAACAAGAAAUUUGUAGCAUUUCUCUAGUUGAUCUCCCUGAUUUGGUUCUGGACUGCAUUCUUGAGAAACUCUCAGCUGCUGAGCUCUGCAGCAUGGCUGGGGUUUGCUUAGCUUUGAGAGGGAAGUGCACAAGUGAUCAUCUAUGGCAGAAGCUCUUGAAACAGAAAUGGAGUGAAUCCAUUGGUGUUGCUGCUUACACACAAUGGCAAUCUCAGAUUCCUCCAAAAAGAUACUUGCUUUUCACUGAAAGAAGGAGGAGCAAAUCAUGGCUCUUCUCCACCCUUUUCAGGUUCAAAUCAGAGAUGAGGGAGAAAAGAGUAACACCAAACUCAGUCAUGUCAUGCUAUCUUGCUCUUGAAACUGGAAAUUUCUGGUUUCCAGCUCAGGUUUUCAACAGAGAGAAUGGGCAUGUGGGAUUUAUGCUUUCAUGUUAUGAUGCACAGUUAAGCUAUGAUUCGGCCACAGACAAUUUUGUUGCUAGGUAUAAAGCUAAAGGCCGGUCUAUGAUUGAAGAAGGGAUUGAUUGGAAAAGAAUUAGAGCACCAACUGUGAAAACUCCUGCAAAUGUUCUUCACAUUUCGACCUGCUUAAAUGAUCUCAAACCUGAUGAUCACAUCGAGAUACAGUGGAGGAAAAACAAAGACUUUCCAUAUGGUUGGUGGUAUGGAGUGGUUGCACAUCUGGAUUCCUGCAGUGCCAAUGAAUUAAGUUGUCACUGUCAUGAAAGCGAUACAAUAGUGUUGGAGUUCAAGCAAUACAGCGGAGAGUCGCGGUGGCGGAAGGCGGAGAUGAGGAGGAAGGGCCACAGAGAGAUUGGUAAUGACGUGGAUGGAUUUUAUGGUGGGAUCAGAAAACUUAGCAACAAACAAGAAAUUGAAAAAUGGAAGCAGCUAUGGCCAAACUGCACCUUAGAAUAGUUCAUUUUCAUUACAUCCCUUUCUCGAAUUUGUAGAUAGCCUCAUCAUAUAAGGGCUUUGCUUUUUUUUUUGCACUUUGAUGCAUAAGCCUAUGCUAGAUCUAGUAUUUAUUUUUAAUUUCCCCCUUUGUUUCCUCA